AUGUCGAACAUUGAGUAGACUAAAUAAGUUUAAAAUUAUGUUUUAGAUCGCACUCUCGGAAAAGGAACCUUUGGUAAGGUGAAAUUAGGUUAUCAUACGAUUUGUGAUGAAUAUGUGGCUGUAAAGAUUUUGGAGAAAAGGAAAAUUGAGACCGAUGCUGAUUUUAUCAGAGUUUAGAGGGAAAUAACAAUUUUGCGAAAAGUGGAGCACCCCAAUGUUAUCAAACUAUAUGAGAUAUUGGAGUCAGACACAAAUCUAUAUUUAGUAAUGGAAUAUGCGAAGGGAGGAGAAUUGUUCGAUUACAUAGUGAAGAAGAAUCAGUAAAUUAAAAAAUUAAUCAGGUUAUCCGAACUGGCUGCCACUAAAUUUUUUAUUCAGUUGAUCGAUGCCGUGGAGUAUUUGCACUCGUAGAAGAUUGUCCACAGAGAUUUGAAACCUGAGAAUUUGUUGUUGGAUGAACAAAGGAAUUUAAAAGUGGCUGAUUUUGGAUUGAGCAAUAUAUACAAAGAGACUGAUUAAGUUAAAACUGCAUGUGGAUCUCCAUGUUAUGCAGCACCUGAAAUGUUAUAUGGCAAACUGUAUGGAGGUCAAAAGAGCGAUAUUUGGAGUUGUGGUAUCAUUUUGUAUGCCAUGCUUUGCGGUUACUUACCAUUUGAACAUGAAAACACUAAGAAACUAUAUGAGAUGAUCAAGUAUGAAGACUAUGACAAACCAAAAAACAUCUCACCUGCAGCAUAAGAUCUCUUAAAACAGUUAUUGAUAAAGGAUCCUUCUUUGAGAAUUGGAUUCUAGGAAAUCAAACACCAUCCAUUCUAUAAGAAAACGGUUAUCUAACCAUAGUAAGGAUUGGUAAACAAGGAUUAACUUGUAUUGAAACAACUGUAAGAUUUGGGGUAUGACGUCAAUAACGUUAUCGAUCAAGUUUAAAAAAACAAACAUAAUACAUAUACUGCUGCGUAUUGGCUGUUAAUUAAAAAAUCUUCAUCUAAUUAAUAACCAAUUGCAAAAUAGACUACACUUUUGUUGUAAUAAACUUAAUAACAAAUUAAAAAAAAUUAAAUUUUACAGUCUUAAUUACAAUAAAUCUACUAACCCAUGGAAUAUAAAUAGUUAUAAGGUUCAACUGGAGGUUCAAACAGCAAAGAAAAAAUAUAAUAGCCAAGGUAGUUUAGAUAUUCUGUGCCUCAUAAUAAAAAUAGAGUUGAUUACUCACAAUUUUAAGAUGUGUAUUUUGGAAUCUAAAAUAAAUUAAAUAACAUCUAAAUGUAAUGCAAAUAAAAUCCUAACACUAUAAUUGAUUUAGUGAGAUAGAAAACUCACUCAGUUUAGGAGAAGACACAUUGCCAUACACCUGAUUAGGUUGAUUUAGUUAUUAGACAACCAGGGAAGAAGAUGCAAUUGUUGUUGCAGAGAAGGAAGAAUCCAACUGAAUAAAUAGAGAAGCAAGAGAACACAGAAGUAGGUUUAAAGGAGAAGAUUAAAGAUCUGACGAAGAGAUCAAGGAAUAAAACUCAGCCUCUUAAAAAAAUAAAUGAGAAAAUGGAGAGAUAUGCUAAUAAUUAUACUCAAUAGUUGAUUAAAUAAAAUAGUCCAUAGGAUAGUUUUGUUGCUAAGUUUUAUAAGCCAUCUAUUAGAGUGAGACACAGCAGCAAUCAUGAAAAUACUUUAAAGCAUAAUGGAUUACUUACUCAUAAUUUUGUCUGA